AUGAACCCAAAAAGUGUUAAAUGCCAGCAAGAUGCAGGAGAGAAUACCAAGCCAGAUUUCAGCAGAAGAAAGCAGUACUAUACUAUGUAUUUAGAUGCAAUAGGGCCCGAAAUCAGCAAAUUGCAUAAAACCGAUAAAAUGCUUCUUUUAAAGUGUGAAACUAUUGAGGAAUUGUAUUUAUUAGAAAAAAUAUUAUUUUGGUCUAUUAACAUACGAUGA